AUGGUUCAUAGGACGAUCAAGGCAGAGUUACCUCCGGAUCACCAAAAGCCCAAAACCAAUGAGAUUUUUACACGUCCUGGUCUGUUAGGGAGAUCAACGUCUGACCAAGGUUCUAAGGCAAACACUUCUCGUUCACCAGUCUUGACCCAAGUGGCAAAGAGACGGUUUAGCGUUGGUGCUGACAUUGCGAAUAUUUCCAAGGAAAACUCAGUUAACUAAUUUUGCGCUGAUACAACGCACAUUCAGUCUCCUAGCAAGACGAAAGAGAAACAAUCCAAAGGUGAUGAGACUAAUGGUUAUACAGAAAAAAACAAGUAUGGAAUAG